AUGACAGACGUACCCCGCACAGUACGGGCGUUAGAGUCACACCCCGUGAAGGAACAGUCACAUUGUAGAUGGGCCGGGGCAGGCGGAGGAGAAGGGGGCGGAGAGGGGGGCGGAGAGGGGGGCGGAGGAGAGGGGGGGGGAGGAGAGGGAGGCGGAGAGGGGGGCGGAGGAGAGGGAGGUGGAGGAGAGGGCGGAGGAGAGGGGGGCGGAGAGGGGGGCGGAGGGGGUGACGGGGGCGGAGGUGAAGGGGGCUUGGUGGGGGGGAUGGAGGAUGUGGGGAUGGUGGGGGAGGCGAUGGUGGUGGCGGGGAUGGCGGUGGCGGAGAAGGGGGAGGAGACGGAGGGGGUGGAGAGGGCGGAGGCGGAGAAGGAGGCGGAGACGGUGGGGGGGAUGGCGGGGGGGGCGGCGAUGGUGGGGGAGGGGAAGGCGGCGACGGCGGGGGUGGAGGUGGCGUCGGAGGAGGGGGGGAUGGCGGAGGCGGCGAGGGAGGAGGUGGUGACGGCGGGGGUGGUGAGGGGGGCGGCGGCGAGGGCGGCACGGGACGCGACGUGCUUUGGUCCGCUGAUGCGCUGCCCUGACACGGCUCCUAUGCUGCGCCACCACUUCUGCUUCUUCCACAUCGACGCACCGGGGCACCAGGGCGGUGCGCGGCAUCUGCGCGGAUCCGCAACCCACAGCACGGCGCAGGACAUGGCGGACCAAGUCGCUGACGUCAUCAACGCGCUAGGGCUGAUGGACGUGACGUGCAUGGGCGUCGCAGCGGGCGCGUACAUCCUCACGCUGCUCGCACUGCGCCAUCCGUGUCUCGUGCGCUCGCUCAUCCUCAUCUCGCCGCUCUGCCGCCCCCCUUCCUGGGCCGAGUGGGGCGCGUCCAAGGUGCUGGUGUCGUCCCUGUCCCUCGUCGGCGCUGCUUCCGCCAUUGCCUCCGCGGCACUCAUGCAGCGAUACGUCCCCCUCGCCGUACGUCCCCUAAUCGCGUUCCCUUCCCGCAAUACGCGCCCCUUGCUGUGCGCGCCCCCGGCGCCCCCCUUGCUGUGCGUCGCCGUUUCUGUGUUGCUCGGGAGUGAUCGCUGUUCAAGUCCGCAGUGCACGCCAGGCGACAGCGCUGCCGUGACCGUUGACAGCUCAGCAUGCACGCGGUGCUCCACGUGCCGCUAA